UAUGUUAGGUUUCAUGUUUCAAGCUAAUGGCCGUUCUAUCCGCUCGAUUCAUUUCUGUGAGAAAUCAAGAGGGAAAAGGCUCAGUAUGACGUAAACAGAUGUUCUCAGUGUCUAAACACUGAUUCAAAACCUGUCACAAUUAACAAAUAUCUUAAAUGUUUUCACGCAGUCUGUCAUUUGGCGAAUUUAGCGUGUUUCGGUCGAUACGGAGGCGAUUUCGAUGAAUCCCUGCUGCACUACAGUAUGUGCACGAGGCCUACAACUUAACAGUGGGUUGCAUGUUUAGGGGCCUCAAACAGGGAGGAGACCAUGAACCUCAACGAGAAGAAGCCCAACAAGUGGUGGACUGAACCGGACACGUUUGCCAUGCUGGCCCUCAUAGAGCAGAUGGGUCUGGUACACGAGCUGGAUAAGAAGCGUCAGCGCAACGAAUCCCUCUUCCGACACCUCAGGCUGAGUCUGGCAAAGCGGGGCAUCCACUUCACUGUCACCCAAAUCCGAAACCGUUGGAAGAGCCUCAAACACAAGUACCGUAAGAUCAAACUGGCCAGCUACAGAAGUCCAGCCGCUCGCCUGUCUGCCGUCGAGUCUUUCCGUUACUUCCAUAUGCUGGAUCACAUGUUGGUGCGCAGACCGAAGGUGGGAGGCAGGGAGGACGACCUCACAGAUGGUCACGCCCUGCUUGGACGGUCACUCGCAGACCUGGAUGACCAUGCAGACAGUCAUUGGCCUGAAGGCCUAAUCCCUAAAUCUGAGCCUGAGAGCAUGUCUUCUAAACUUGAACCUGAUGUUGACGAGAGUCUGAAUCCAGAUCAUGUGGCUGGUUCUGAGCCUCCAAGCUGGGCCGUAGGACCAGAUGAAGUUAUGACCCUGGGCUUGUCAGGAGAAUACCUCUAUGCAGUGAAGACCGAACCACCAUCCCUAUGCACUCCCAACAGUACAGAAAGUACAAGAGAUGCCAUUGACUGCAGCCACAAUGAUUUCCCAGCAGGAACUUCUGAAGAGACUAGCAGCCUCAUCCUCCAGCAGCUAACCAUCCUGAACCACCGGCUUGGAGAACAGCUGGCUGAGCAGAGAGCCUUCCACUGCAGCAUGCUAGGAAUGAUGGAUCGCCAGAUCCAGGUCCUGGAGCAGCUCUCCAAUUUCACAAGGAACCACCAACCCAAGCUUGAGACCCCGGGCACGGACUCUUCAGUUAGUCCGAACGUGCAUGAAGCUCAAACGCAGACUCUUGAGCCAUAUCCCACGUUCCUCAUGCCUAAAAGCGAACCAACAGCUGCUCCUUGGAAGGUCUCUCUCUUAGAAGUCCACAAGAGGUCACCUUCUGAGUUGGGCAGUGACACUGAGACUCCUCAAACCUUGGAGGGUUGCAAAGAAAACACUUCUAGCCCACCUUCUUUAGAGAUUUUACCCUCAACCAAGAACGUAAUUGUGCAGAAUGGAUUGUGUAAGCACGAUUGAGUGCUGUUUAUUUGGGACGUUAUGCAUUCAGUAGGAACUACUAAAGUAUUUUGUCCUGUAGAUGUUUCAGGAGCUUGAUCUGAUCUGAAAUCAUCAACAUAUGCAUUUUUCAGUUUCAUAGGAAAGUAUUCAGUGCUCUGAUGUUUUAAUCAGUAACACUUUUGAGAGAUAGAACAAUAGACUUGUUAUUUAUUUACUUUGGUUUGAUUGCGAACUAACACUCGAUGCGAAUCUUAGACGGUAAGUAACUCAGCAGUGACUGUUUCAAAAUUGCAGUUCGGACCAAGGUAGCUUUAUGUCUGUAAUCAUCUUGCAUUAUCUGAGAGAAAAAAGUGGGUUAUUGGUAAGCUUAAAGUUGUGUAAAACUAUCAGUUUCUUCCAGUUAGGUUUGGGACACACUUUAAGGCUGAUUUGAACACAAGAAGGUGUAUUGUCAUGAAUUUCAUCAUCUAAUUCGAACUCCUGUGUUAAAGUAUGAACUUCACUGUUAAUUUCAACUGCUUGACUCUUAAUGUAAAGUAAUAGUUCACUUUUAUGUGUUAUAUUUUUGACAUGCAAAAUGGAUCAGGGUUGGGUUAGUUGUAACGCGACUAAUUCCAUUAAUCUUACUAGUGUUCAUACAGGGUAUUACGAAAUUACUUUUACAUUAAACUAUGGGUACUGUGUCAAAAGUGUGUGGGUAAAAACAAUCAAAUGGAAGGGGGAAAAUGUCA